AUGUGUCCAAUCACCCCCGUGUCCCUCCGGCUCAUCACGGGCAACUGUCUCCUCGUCCCCAUAUAUCAGAGGCGAGCGGCGGCCGUAAAGCGGAUUACUCAGCUGGAGACCGUGCAUCCACUUCCACCAUUAAACAGGAUUCAGGUGGGCCGUCCUCCCCUCACCAUAGGAAAGGACGUGACAGACACCAAACUCACAUGA